GCCCCUGGUUACGACCUACUGACGCGGUCGCACAUGCUCAGUUCAUAUGCUGUCUCCUAAAGUAAUUAACACAUAUACGGGCCGCUGCCUCCCGGAACGUAUCGGGUGUCAUCCAGAAAACCUGCUCUGCUAUACGUACAGAACCUCCAGGCCACACCUGUAGGACAGGGCUGUGUAUCAGGGAUGAUGUCACCCACUCCUGGGAAGGUUUCGUUCACAUUCGCAGAUAGGAGAACACCGCAGAGAUUGUCGAUCCUGGGCGAGAAAGGAUCCUGAUAGGUGAUCCGAACCUUAGAAAGCUGAACUUUGAGCCCUGGGAGGGGUGGAUACAGUCUCCUUCUAAAGCUGCGUAUUCUGGAAAGGAAAGCGUUUGAAGGGCACUGGAUGAUAUUCCAUUUUUAACCCUUGCAAGGAACAGCGUUUACCUGGAUGCAACCGGAGACGCCACUACCAUGAAGCGGUGCUGCGACCAGAUAUGGGGCAGCUAGACGCACUGACCAUGGAGUCCAGCGGUACAGGAAAUUUAAGAAAAAUGACAACAAUCUCACCUUCAGAGAAUGGGUUCACGAAAACAGUUAAUCCUGAUUCAAUGGAAGAUGAUAUUUUUUACUUGUAUGGGUCAACAGCGGCCCACAUCAAAGAGGAGACUGAAUAUGUCCGCACUAUCCGGGCAACUUUAGAGAAGAUUCAGAGUCAAUUAUUUAAGGAUGAAUUGGACAGUAAAAAUACACAGAAUACACAGGAGCAGAAUGGACACAGUAAAGAAGUGGAGGACUCCUUUCACUCCCGGUAUAAACGGAUCGUUGAGAAGUUAAAGGAUCAAGACCUGGAGAUACUAGAUGUCCACAGAGAAAACCAGGAUCUACAAAUUAAGUUGGAAGCAUCACGUGAAGCUGGAGCGGGCGCAAUAAGGGACGCAACCCGUAAAUUGUACGAAAAUUACAACAAGAAGGCUGAACAACUGCGGAAAUCUCAUGAAGAGGAGAAGCAACGUUUACAAGCAUCUUCUGCAGAGCAUGAGGAUCGGCUUAAUAAAAGCAUAGAGAAACUGAACGACGUGGCGGAUAAAAUUCAGGAGAAGCAUAGCCGAAUCCUUGAAUUGGAGAAGCUCAUGGAGCGGAUGGAAGCGGAAAAUGCAACUCUGGUCAAGAAAAAACGUUUACUUGAAAAUGAGCUCUCAAAAAGAAUGUGCGAACCUUCCAAAAAGAACAGUACAUUGUCCAUUCAAGCUGAGAUUUUUACUGUUGAAGAACAAAUAAAUCACCUGCACCAUUUGAUGAUGUCCCAGCACCAGCAUCUGCGCUCGCUGAUCCAAGAGAGUGAGGAACUGAGGAACCGUCUGAAAGAACAGGAUGUAACAAUCGGGGAAUUGAGAGAAAAAAUCAACUUGCUGGAAUGUCAGAACAAAGAAAUGAAAUACAAAGUAGAGCACUGGUCGAGCCCCAAAAAAUUAAAAGUAUCGAAAGUAACAUUUGUAAACGAGUCCAUGCUGGGUGGCCUGUCUCCAUACUUUCUGCUGCUAAAAAAGAAGAACAACCCUGGAGGCAGCUGAUGGCGAUGUUAACCCUAUCCUGGUGGAUACUGCGCCAUAUAUUGAAAUCAUUUCAGGGUCCGGAUCCCAUCCCCUGUUGUAUUAGCAUCAAAGGGACCGAUUACCUUAUACACCCACAUACACGAAUGGAAAAUUUGGGGUUAAUAGAGACAACUUCAUCAUUUAUUUGGUGCAGACUACAAAAAGAUUUUCUAUUUCUCUCACUCUCUGGAGGAGCCAACCCAUUUAUUUAAAUUUAAAACUGUGUAAUACUUCUUGUCUCCCGCGGGGGUGCUGCAGGGAAGAUGAACACCUGCUGUCAGGUCUCCCUUCUGAUCACUCGCAGAACCUUUUUUAAUCCCUCUCCUGAUGAAGUGGCCAAACUUUUCAAUGUGUUGUGACCGACCCAGAAACAGCGCCACUGCUGUCCAUGCCUGGUAUUGCAUAUUGAUCUAUUUUUAUAAGCCCGGGAACCUGGUAAACCUGUUCCUUAUAAGUGUUAUGGUAAUUGUUUUAUACUGAAUAACCUAUAGGCCUGGUGGCAUUUCAUCAUCAAUAUAUAAGCUUGUAGGGAUUUUGUUUUUUGGUGUUAAAAAGUGCCUGCUUAAUGCUUGUUAUAUGGAACAUUUCAUGUGUCGAUCGCAUAUAUUCACAAACCGGCAAUGCCACAGUGUUUCCUGUUGUAACGUUAAGUCAUGUUUCAAAGGUCUUCUCCAUCUAAUUGUAAUAAAAAAAUAAAAUAAAGGGAUAUCCCAGUAACAGAAAAAAAAAAAAACAAUCACCCCCAAGAUAUAUAGCUUACUAAUAUAGUGUUAUCACAAAUGUUACUGUAUUCAGCAUGUUUUUUCUUGAAUUAUCCCUGACAGGAAGUUGUGUAGUCCAUCCAUUGUCAGUGUGGUGUUGUCUCAGCAUCUCCCCGGCUCCUCCCUCUGUCCUGAGAUAACAAAUAAUGCUCUGUUGUCUCAGGAGGCGUGGCUGGAUCUUUGUUUCUAAGCUCUAGCCCCAGUCCUAAAUGAUGUCACCACCUCUGACCAGCCCCUACAACUUUCAUCAUCAUGUCCCUGUCAUAUACAUAUAUCUAUAUAAAUAUAUAUGUAUAUAUAUAUAUAUAGAGAGAGAGAGAGAGAGAGAGAGAGAGAACAACAAUGGCGAAGAACUGCAUGCUUGAAAAGAGCUCCAUUGAGGAGCUGAAAUGUCGCUUGUUUUGACAUGAAGGAAAAAAUGUCACAUUUUCUGCAUUUUUUGGAGUGCUGCGCCAUUGUUGUUCUAUGACAUGGACUUUGAUCGAGUUGGAGCGCUGGCACCGGACAUUUAAGGGUGAAGUAGUGCUGCAUUGUCUUUGAAUAUUUAUAUAUAUAUAUAUAUAUAUAUAUAUAUAUAUAUAUAUAUAUGUUUAUUGGGAUAUAUAGGAAAGAAUGAGGUUUACGGUACGUUACCUUGUGCUUAACAAUGCCACUGGCAGAGGAGCAGACAGUGAAUGAAUACAGCAGGUGCUGCCGAAUUCCUGAGUGGAAAGUCUGCAAAAGCUCCAGGAGGCAAACUGGCAGGAGUGAUGUGUAUUGGGGAAGGGGAGGGGGGGGAUUAGGCAGGAUGUGGGGACUAUGAUAUAGAGCUGAGAGGGGAAACUAUUGCAUUCUGGGGACUGCAGUGCCAAAGGAAUGCUCAACCAGGAAGCACAGUAAUUUUCUGGCAAAGGAAUGGACCAACAGACAGGCAAAACAAAUUUAGAUCUCAAAUUGAUAUUUUUCUUGAGAACUGGUGGCAGAUGGUGGUGGGGGGUUGGGCAUUCCAUCUUCUGCAGCAUUGUUCUCUUCAGUGUAUCAAUCUUGUAUAUAUGGGGACCUCCCGGCAUCCGGAUUCCAAUAUGCCCGAUCCUGUUGUUUUCAGGGAGAUAAGCUUGCCUGGCAGUGGCUUUCUUCGCCUCCACAUUCAGAAUACAUGCACACUCAACCAAGCUAAGCGCACAUGUUUGUGUGGGCAUCAGGAGCAGUGGCUUUGACUGAAAAAACAUUCAGCCAAUGUUUUUUAGAAAUGUAUGGCCAGUUUAAGGGAAACAAUUCCUAACGACUUUAAGGGUGCAUUCACACUGAGUAUUUCUGCCGGGAGUUCUCCGAGCGCAAUGGCAAAUAGCGCUAUGACUGUGCGGACCUGCGCCGCCCCAAAUAACAACAAUGAGUGGCUGCUGCAACGGAGCAGAAUUAUUCUUCUGGAUUCCACUUGGAAAUUUCGUCAUAAUAAAGGGCACUUAUAGUGUUUUGUUUUUUUUUUACAGGAAAAGCUUGUUCACUUUGAUAGUGGUGCUAGUGUGAACUGCACAACUCAUGGUGUCAGGAGACUGCAGUGAGUGGGAAUUUUGCUACAAAGUUUUUCUGAAUUUUGCUGAACCAGCAAACCCUGUUAUUAGCCCCAAAAUAGAUUUUGGUAUACCAUUGUCUCAAAGUUGAUAUCAGAGAAUUUUAUAUGAGGCUUGCUUUUAUCUGUCAUCAACCCAUAUUUUCUAAACUAACUCAGGUUAUAUUCCAUAACUACUCCUAACACCCCUCCUGCCCUUAAAAAUUUUCCUUUCCCCUUGCUCACAUUGUGUGAGCUCCCAGCAGAAGAAAGUGGGCGUUCCCCAGCAGGCACAAUGGCACUGAAGCCUGUGAGAGCUGUGCCCCGCCAUGCCCGCACACACUUCCUGAGUUUGGUCUCCUGCCAGGCUGGGAGGAGACCAAACUAACUGUUUGACUUGCUCAGGGAACAGAACAGAGCCACCUAGUGGACGUUUUUUCAAUCACACUAAAAACAUAUAAAGGUUGAGAAUUUUAACAGCAAGUAAAUAGCAAAGCGUCUUAUAAUUACAUAAGGAACAAUAUAUUAAAGGAGAUCUGUAGUGCUCUGAACUUUAUUCAGAGCACUACAGAUCUCCUUUUAAAAGUUUAGUUUGGUGACAGGUACUCUUUAAGGUACAGAGUUGGUAUAGUGAAUGGCUCAGCUUUGUUUGCCAUCUAAUAGCCACAAUUGGUACUACAGGAACAUUUUCUAAUUUCACUCUGUCCUGACCGGUAUGUUUUUAAAUUCAGCUUAAAGAGGUAUGACAAAAAGUAUAAUAAAUCAACUUGCUAAUGUAAUGAUAUUAGUCAUAGUGCACUGAUCUUCCAUUUUCAGCUCUGCUCACUCCCUUGUAACUGUGAUCUCCCUUCAUACUCUCUGAAUGCAGUCUUCUGUCACCUCUGCUCUCCCCUCGCUAAUAGUCUAUUCAGAACCAGAUCAGUGAUGUGAAGAGGACAGCUCAUAUUACUAUUCAUUUGAUUGUAAGCCUUUCUCAGUCACACUUGUUUUUAUCAGAACAGGCUCUCUGUCUUAGCUGAGAGACUUCCUGCUGCCUUAUAAGCUAAUGAGUGGUAAUAUGAAGUAAUAAGAGCUCCCCUCUUCACAUCACUGAUCUGGUUCUGAGCAGACAGGAGGGGAAGGGAAAAGCAGGGAUGUGAGUUCUGCUUUCAGAAUGUGUGAUGUGAUGUCACAACUUCAAACCGGAUCUGUGUACUAUGGCUAAAAACAUUAUAUUAGUAAGUUGUUUUAUGACACUCUUUGACCCCAUACACAGGUCGUUCCUUUCGCUGUACAACACCUUUAU